GGAAGAACUAUUUCACUGCAUCUUCCUUUUUUAAUUCCUUCUCAGUUCUCAGUCUAUAAAUAGCUAACAUUUGCAUAAGCAGCUUUGUACAUCAACUCUCUUGCCCCCCAUCUCUGAGCUCUUCCCCAAAGUCCUCUUCCAAAUUCUCAGGUCUUCCUUUUUUCAGGGACUGCCAUUUGUACUUAUCAAAUUGAGAGUGGUUGAGACCUGGGAGUGAGAUUAUGGCUCCUGAUAGGAAUUUAGAGAAGUUGGCAUCGAUUGAUGCCCAGUUAAGGCUUUUGGUGCCUGCCAAAGUGUCUGAUGAUGACAAGCUUGUUGAAUAUGAUGCUUUGCUUUUAGACCGGUUCCUUGACAUUCUUCAGUACUUACACGGCGAGGACCUUAAAGAAACGGUUCAAGAAUGUUAUGAACUUUCCGCCGAAUAUGAAGGCAGGAAGGAUCCAAAGAAGCUGGAAGAGCUUGGUCAUGUUUUAACCAGCUUGGAUCCUGGGGAUUCCAUUGUCAUCGCAAAAGCUUUUUCUCACAUGCUUAACUUAGCCAAUUUGGCUGAGGAGGUUCAGAUAGCAUAUCGAAGGAGGAACAAGUUGAAGAAAGGUGAUUUUGCUGAUGAAAACUCAGCAAUUACUGAAUCAGACAUAGAGGAAACUCUGAAAAGACUUGUAUUGGAUUUGAAGAAGUCUCCUCAAGAGGUCUUUGAUGCAUUGAAAAAUCAGACUGUGGAUCUUGUCCUUACUGCUCACCCUACUCAAUCUGUUCGGAGGUCAUUGCUUCAAAAGCAUGGAAGGAUACGCAAUUGUUUGGCUCAGUUAUAUGCCAAAGACAUCACGCCAGAUGAUAAGCAGGAGCUUGAUGAGGCCUUGCAGAGGGAGAUUCAAGCUGCUUUCCGGACGGAUGAGAUCCGAAGGACUCCUCCAACACCACAAGAUGAGAUGAGAGCCGGAAUGAGCUACUUUCAUGAAACAAUUUGGAAGGGUGUUCCAAAAUUUCUACGACGUGUUGACACAGCUCUUAAAAACAUUGGGAUUAAUGAACGUGUUCCUUACAAUGCCCCUCUCAUUCAAUUCUCUUCUUGGAUGGGUGGUGAUCGUGAUGGUAAUCCGAGGGUAACUCCUGAGGUGACAAGGGAUGUUUGCUUAUUAGCUAGAAUGAUGGCUGCUAACUUGUACUACUCCCGGAUAGAGGAUCUCAUGUUUGAGUUGUCAAUGUGGCGUUGCAGCGAUGAGCUUCGUGUUCAAGCUGACAUACUUCACCAAUCUUUAAAGAGAGAUGCAAAGCACUACAUAGAAUUCUGGAAACACGUUCCACCAAAUGAACCAUAUCGUGUUAUACUUGCUGAUGUGAGGGAUAAGUUGUAUCAGACACGCGAGCGCUCUCGACAUAUGUUAGCUCAUGGAACUUCUGAUAUUCCAGAGGAGGGAACCUAUACCAAUGUUGAGCAGUUUUUGGAGCCUCUGGAACUGUGUUAUAGAUCUCUUUGUGCUUGUGGGGACCAACCCAUUGCUGAUGGAAGCCUUCUGGAUUUUCUGAGACAAGUUUCUACAUUUGGGCUAUCACUUGUGAGACUGGACAUAAGACAAGAGUCAGACCGCCACACUGAUGUUUUAGACGCCAUUACAAAUCACUUGGAAAUUGGUUCGUACAAAGAAUGGUCAGAAGAACGCAGGCAGGAGUGGCUUCUGUCUGAAUUAAGUGGCAAACGACCUCUUUUUGGACCUGACCUUCCAAAAACUGAAGAAAUUGCUGAUGUUUUGGAUACUUUCCAUGUCCUGGCAGAACUACCAUCAGAUUGCUUUGGUGCAUAUAUCAUCUCAAUGGCUACAGCACCUUCUGAUGUUCUAGCAGUUGAACUUCUACAGCGUGAAUGCCAUGUGAAGAUUCCUUUAAGAGUUGUUCCACUUUUUGAGAAACUGGACGAUCUGGAGGCUGCUCCUGCUGCUGUUGCACGACUUUUCUCUAUCGAUUGGUACAGAAACCGGAUUAAUGGUAAACAGGAAGUAAUGAUUGGAUACUCAGAUUCUGGCAAAGAUGCUGGACGACUUUCAGCAGCUUGGCAGUUAUACAAGGCUCAAGAGGAACUCAUAAAAGUAGCCAAGGAAUAUGGUGUGAAGCUAACAAUGUUCCAUGGUCGAGGUGGGACUGUUGGACGAGGAGGUGGACCCACCCAUCUUGCUAUAUUAUCUCAACCUCCUGAUACAAUUCAUGGAUCCCUUCGUGUUACGGUUCAGGGAGAAGUUAUUGAGCAAUCAUUUGGUGAGGAGCACCUGUGUUUUAGAACCCUCCAGAGAUUCACUGCUGCCACCCUUGAGCAUGGGAUGCAUCCCCCAGUCUCUCCAAAACCUGAAUGGCGUGCACUAAUGGAUGAAAUUACUGUAAUUGCUACAGAGGAGUACCGUUCUAUUGUUUUCAAAGAACCUCGUUUUGUCGAGUAUUUCCGCCUUGCAACACCAGAGCUGGAGUAUGGUCGUAUGAAUAUUGGUAGCCGUCCUUCAAAACGGAAACCAAGUGGAGGCAUUGAAUCACUUAGAGCUAUUCCAUGGAUCUUUGCAUGGACGCAAACCAGAUUUCAUCUGCCAGUUUGGCUUGGCGUUGGAGCAGCUUUCAGAUAUGCAAUCAAGAAGGACAUUAAGAACCUUCAAAUGUUGAAAGAGAUGUACAACGAGUGGCCUUUCUUUAGAGUCACUAUCGAUUUAGUUGAGAUGGUGUUUGCCAAGGGUGAGCCUGGUAUUGCUGCUCUUUAUGAUAAGCUCCUAGUUUCAGAAGACUUGUGGGCAUUUGGAGAGCGCUUGAGGACAAACUAUGAGCAAACAAAAACACUUCUGCUUCAGAUUGCAGGACACAAGGAUCUUCUUGAAGGAGACCCCUACUUGAAGCAGCAGCUUCGCUUGCGCGAUUCGUACAUCACAACUCUGAAUCUUCUUCAGGCUUAUACUCUUAAACGAAUUCGCGAUCCAAACUACCAUGUGGAGCUCAGACCUCAUAUAUCCAAGGAGUAUAUGGAAUCAAAACUUGCUGCUGAAUAUAUUCAGCUGAAUCCAACAAGUGAAUAUGCCCCUGGCUUGGAGGACACUCUCAUCUUGACAAUGAAGGGAAUUGCUGCUGGACUGCAGAACACCGGUUAAACUUAUUUUGUUUUCCUUUCUAACCAUUGUAAGAGAUGUGCUUUCCCUAAAAAACCAGCAGGUAUAAGCAGAGUAACCUUCAAUUGCCUUCCAUGGUUGCCCGGGCUGUAUGGUUAAUUUGAAUAAUUUGUAUCAUCAGUUUGUUGUGCUUAUACAAUUUUCGAACUUGAACAAUCUUCACGUA